UUCUGUUUACCGUCAGCAGAAAUAUAUUGGUCAGUGAUGUCAGGAAAUGUUUACUGGAUUGUUUCGUUUUUUUGUCCCCGUAACGUUUACAUCGUUACAUUGACGGUCUGAAGAGAUAAUAAUCGGAGAGAUAGACUAUAUAGGGGAGAUAUUUAAAUGUAUUCAUUCCUUUUAGUUUAAACAUCAGCGGCCUGGUUACCUGUAAAGAGUGUGUUAAAUACAGGAGUCUGGGUAUCUUAUCCUCCUAGCUAACCGCGCUGUAUACCGCUUUAUUAACGGCUUCUGUAAUGACAGCGACUGAUAGACACUAAUUUAGAGUAAAAACCUGUCAUAAAGGAACCGUUGUCAUUUCACUACACUCUCGUGAAAUACUACAGCUUGACAGGAACAAAGCUUCGUAUGGAAUAAACUGCUAAAAAAAAAACAGAAAGAGACUGAGUUUGUGGCUCCAUGAUGCCUCUGUUUUACAAGAAGAAGAAGCCGAGUGAGGAGUCCAAGAAACGCCUGGAGUAUCAGCUGUGUCUGUCUAAAGAAGCUGGUGCAGAUGAUAUCCUGGACAUUUCAAACUGUGAGCUUUCAGAGAUUCCAUCCAGCGUCUUCUCCAUCUGCAAGGUGUUACAGAAAAAGGUGCUCAUUCUCUGUGGAAAUGAGCUGAAGACACUGGUGCCCAAAACCUGUGCUACAAACGCUCUAGCAACUAUAAAGGUGUUGGAUCUGCAUGAAAACAAGCUCACUUCACUCCCAGAUGAUAUCGGACAGCUGUCCUCCCUCCAGGUGUUAAAUGCCGAAAAUAACCAGAUCAAGGCUCUUCCAGCGUCUAUAGGAGAUCUUCGGAAUCUACAGACGCUUAACGUGAAAGGGAACUGCCUUCGUGAACUGCCUUCAUCUUUGGGAAACAUGGCCAGUCUGCGCACACUGGACCUGAGUGAGAACAGCAUCAGGGAGCUGCCCAAAGAGUUAGCCAAUGUUCGAACCCUGGAGAGCUUGACACUUGAUGCAUGUUCUAUGAGCUACCCACCUGCCUCAGUCUGCACAGGAGGCACAGAAGAAAUCCAGCGAUUUCUCUGCUCAGAGCUGGGGCUAGAGUACUGCCCUCCCUCACAGUACCUGCUGCCUGUGUUGGAAAACGAUAGCGGCAAGUCGAGCCUGGAUUGUGUGGAUGGGGAGGAUAUAGCCUGGCAGAGCAAAUUUAUGGACUAUGAGAGGAGAAAGGAGCAGAAGCAGCUUGAGAAGCUGAACUUUGAAAAGGAGUUGGAAGAGAAGCAGAGAGAGCAAGCACAGCUCCUUCUUCUCAACAACUCCCGCAAAGAGGGCAUGCUGCUGUCUGUCAAACUGGAGCAGGAGCGUGUAGAGCAGGGCGUCUGUCUCCAGCAAAAAGUCCAGGAGGCUGAGAGGCAGAAGCUGCUGGAGAAAGUUCGGCAGGCUGAAGCCAACAUCUCCACCCGUAUCUCUAAUCUGCUGCUGGACAACAAACGCCAAGCAAAAAGUGCAGGAUUUCUGCAGGCAUUAGAGGAAGAUCGAAUCCGUAUGGAGCACCUUACUGCCAUCACGCAAGAAGAAGCCAGCUCUCUGAGAAAGAGAGACAUUGCAGUUGCAAUGCAGACCAUGUUAUCAGAGACCUACUCACUGAGGUUACUGCAGGAGGCCAGUGAGACCAGGAGACAGAAUAUGGUGUCCGAAGCCUGUAGGAGUAUGGAGACCUUGGAUAAGAAGUUUGAGCAGGUUCUGGCCCUGCAGCAGCUUGAUAAAAGCAAAGCCGUCAGCCAGAUCCUUCAGGAGGAGGAGAUGCAGAAGGCGGCCUUUGAGGCCUUGCAGCUCCAGAGGGACAGUGUACAUGGCUACAUUCGCAACCAGAUAAUACUAAUUGAGGCAGAGUUAAUGCAGCUGACAAAGCUGGAGGUUAAAAGGAGGAAUCUGGAUGCCGAAACCUUGCAGGAGGCAUUAGCAGAGCAGAGGACAGCUCUGUCAGAUAUGCUCCAGCAGCUGCUGAAACAGAAGGACCAGAGGGAGGUGGAACUCAAACAGGUCUUGAUGGAGAUGGAGCUGAAGAGUGAUUCCACUCAGCAAAACUACUGGAUGAUUCAGUAUCAACGACUUCUGGAUGCCAAGCCACUCUGUCUGCGCAUGCAGGAAGCCGGUGUGGAUAAGGACCUGGUGAACUUGCUGUGUAAGCUCUCAGCUCAGCAUUACCUGCCAAUCAUAGCUCAUCAUCGAAUCACAGCAGAGGCUCUGCGUCACAUGACCACCAAAGACCUCGGCAAGCUGGGGAUCAGUGAAAUGGGAGUACAGAAAUCUCUCCUGCACUGGGCCAGAGAACAAACGAAUUCUCCUAGGAAUUCUCCGAAGAUUUCCCCUAGGAAGGUCCAGGAGGAACAAGAACCUGGUCCGUCCAUACCCACGGCUCCCCUGCAACAGCAGCUGACCCCGCCUCUGACCCCCAGUACUCCCCUGACCCCUACAGUCCCCAGCCCACUGGACACACCCAGCACAAACGAGUGUGUGGUCUGCAUGGAGGAUAGGUCCCUGAUGGUCUUCUUGCCAUGUGGUCAUAUAUGCUGCUGCCAGGUCUGCAGUGAUGCGCUGCAGUCUUGCCCAUUGUGUCGCAGUAACAUCUCUCAGCGCAUCCGCCUUUACCACGGCUAAACCAGUCCAGGACCUGGUCUGACCACUCAUGCACUUUCAUGCUUCAAAUUCCUUCCAAACUCAGAUACUCUUUCAUCAUGCAUGAAGUCCUAGGCUAAGAUUCCCAACAAUAACCCAGGAGCUGAAAAAUCAGGAGUGUUUCAUGUCAGAAAGGAGGCUUGCUAAUAGAAAAACAAGUCAAUCUUUAUAUAUUUCAUUUACUGAGAAAGGAGGAUUCAAAGAUUUUAACCUCUUUAACCUCAGCAGAUAAUCAGCAGCUCUGGUUGUAAUGCUAUAUAUUUGCACUAUUUUAAUACUUGUGCCUUUUUGUGUUUGUGUGCUUUUCCCAAAUCCUGACUGUUAUCACAUGAAAUUCAUCUGCAUGAUCUUAAACUCCAUCAAGUACUAAUCUUCCUCCCUAUUGGUCAUGCUUGUGACUUAAUGACUUAAAGCCCCUGUCAUCUUAUUUCUGUAAUUAGCUUUGAACUGUUCAGUGAAGCUGAUUUCCUUUUUUCUCCACUUUUCCUCUGGGUAGUUUGAUUUGACUAUGACUAUAUUUGGUAGAGAUAAUGUCAGAUCUACUAACAUACCAAUUAGAAUGAACCAUCUGCUUACUCCAGGUCCACUUUUACCCCAAACACGGUUUCUAAAGUGUCUUUCUUCCUGUUCCAUCGCCUCUUUGUACUUGAGUGUAAGCAAAACUGUAGCUAGCAGCUAAUUUGCCAUUUUAUACACACUAUUUUAGUGUAGAGGUUUUUACGUGUGGUAAUGGUGAGUAAUUCUACCUCUCCUGUUUUAAUGGUGAAAGAAAUGAGAAUUAGCAGUGUGGAUACUCAUGAUCUAUACCUAGUGCUGUAAGAAUGUAGGCAGUGUCUAAUCCUUACUACUUACACUGGGGCACAUUGAAAAGCCAAGAUUACAACUUCAGAAACUUCAGACUGUUUGUAUGAUACAGUCUCACAAAUUUCCAUAUAGAAAUGAGAAAAGUUCAUCUUGUUCUUGGCUGAGUUUCACAGUCAAAUCUCACUACCCUAAACAGUUAAUCUAUUCAGCAUCUGACAACAGGCUGUUAAAUGAAAGCUCAUUUCAGGCUUUUUUUUAUUAAGCCAGUUGUAAUAUCUGUGCUGCUUUUACACAUCGCAGUACCAUGCUCUGUCCAUCAGUGUAGCUAUAUACACUCUCCAUCCACUUUAUUGGAAACCCCUGUCAUAUAGUUGUCCAGUCAGCCAAUCAUGUGGCUGCAGCAUAGUGCAUAAAAUCAUGCAGAUACAUCAAGAGCAUCAGGUAAUCUUCACAUCAGACAUCAGAAUGUGAUCUCAGGGACUGACCGUAGCAUGGUUAGUGGUGCCAGACAGAUUGGAGUAUUUCUGAAGCUGCUGAUCUCCUGGGAUUUUCAUGCACUGCAGUCUCUAGAAUUUGACAUUUGUGGGAGGAAAUGUCAUGGAGUGAGAAGUCAGAGGAGAAUGGCAGGGUUGACAGAAGCUGAAACCUCUCUGCACCUCACUUGUGUAACAGAAUCAAACCUGAAGAUUGUAAAAACAUCACCAUACCUUUUUACAAUGAAUCAGUCCAGUGUCAUUGGGCCUGUGCCCACUCUGGUAUCCUCUGAUUCUUGUUUCUGGCUAAAAGGAAUGGGACCAUCUCCUGCUGUUGUAGCCCAUCAGCUUCAAGGCUUGUUGUGCUUUCUGAAAUGCUUUUCUGCUCAACACAAUUGUACAGAGUGGCUAUUUGAGUUAUUUUAGACUUCCUCUCAGACAAGUGAUACAACUGUCCCUAUUAAAGUGGCUGCUACUUGCAUCAUUUCCUGACUCUAGCUUUGGAAAUGCUUAUUAACCGAGAGCUUUUUAAACAAACAUUUCACAUGGUGUUGCCAGGAGCUUUAAGACCCCCACCCCCCACCCCAAUGCCUGUGGGAAGCUUCUAUCCCCUUAGCUUCAUCAGAAAGGUGACAUAUCUACUAAUGUGCACUUACACUGCAUGAAUUUUAUUACUCCACAGCCCAUAAAGUUAAAUCACUUAACACUGCCUUGCUCCAAUUACCUACUGUUAGGUAUAUAAAUAAUCAACAUUUUUAACGUUUUAAAGUGUUGGUGUGUCAGUUAUUGUGGCAUAUUUUUGACCAAUAGCAGACUUUAGGCCACGUUUGUUAUGUUAGUUACCCAGCCUCCCUCCAGGCACCUCCAGGACUUUUUUGUACCUGCUGUGGUCACUUGCAUUUCUCCAAGAAACUGUUAAUUGUAAUAUUCUGCAUUGGUGGUGUUUUAAUAUUUAGGGUUUCUUUAUGAUGCUUUUGAUUGAGGUUUGGUGAAUUUAUUUAAUAUAUUUUCAUAUAUAGCUACUUUACCCACAUAUUCACUGAAGUGCUCUUAUAACCAAGCAUGCUUUUAAAAAGUCUUGUCUCAUCUAGAAGUGUAGAAGAGUUAGCAUGUCAUGACACAAACUGUUCAAAUAAUUAAAGGAAAAAUACUAUUGGCAGAAGGAUAGGAUUGCUGUGCAAAAGUCUAGGUCCUGCAAUAUUUAUAUUUAAGCCAGUUGAAAUGGACAGUGUUUGUACGAUACAGUAAAGUGUUAGAAUAAAUGUAAAAAGAUUUUGGUGUGCUUGUGGUGGAACUAAAUAUACAAAACACUGAAAUCAUGUCACUCAUGCUGUAUCUUUAAAAAAAAGCAGCUAACAAAUACAGUCCAUCCAACCACUGCAGUAUGAGGAUGAUGGUCAGGUACAGCAUCAUCAUCUAGCUCAGACCGUUGAGCCGAGUAUAGGCCACCAUUUGGGUCAGUAAACAGAGAAAAGCAGCAGUCAGAGACUUAAAGCAAAAACUUACAUUCUACCAAAGGUCAGAUAAA